AUGACUGUCAGCUAAUAAACAGACAACCAGGACUUACAUUUUUAGUUGAGUAUUGGCACCAGGAGGACUAACCCUCAACAGAAUUGCCUUCAGAGCAGAAAAAUGUCAAACACUGACUUGAAGAGACUUGAGUUUUUCAACAGUAUCCUGAAUGGUUGCGGUGUAGGGCCAUCCUGUAAUAACUCUCACCUGAUUUUCAACAACACAUGCUUUGAUAAUGGGCUGGAGAUUUUUGAUGAUGAUGGAUCUCCCUGGCUAAGGAUAGUCAUCUCUGUGGUGUACUUUGUUGUGGCUACAGCCGGAGUGGUGGGGAAUUUAUUAGUGAUGUUCUUGCUGUAUUCGACUCACACCAUCACAACAGGCACCAUCAACUUCUUUGUGUUCAACCUAGCUUUGGCUCAUUUGCUGUUCUCCCUAGUCCUGCCAUUUUGGGCCAUAGACAUUGCACUGGACUACAGCUGGCCCUUUGGCCGGGCCACGUGCAAGGCUGUGUCCUUACUCACUGGGCUCAAUGUCUUUGCUAGCUGCUUUUUCCUGACAGCUAUGAGUUUGACCCGGUACUGCUAUGUGGCUACAGCUCUCAAACCCAGCGCCUCCCAGUGCAGUAGAUCUUGCACUUCUCCGGUGGCCACAAUUUUUAUCUGGGCUGGAGCACUCAUAGCAGCGGCUCCCCGUGCAGUGUUUGCAGACCUGAAAAAUGUAGGCAACGACACAGCAUGUCUGCUCCGUUUCCCAGAUGGUACAGCCUUGCUUGGAAUAAACCAGCUCCUGCGAGUGGUGCUGGGAUUUCUGCUGCCCUACGCCACCAUAAUCCUCUCCUACCUACUUCUGCUGCGCUUCCUCUGUCGGCAUAAAGUGAAGGGCAGCAACUCUCGGCGAAAGACUGAUAUUUCAAAAUCUGUGGCAGUGGUGGUGCUUUCAUUCUGUGCCUGCUGGUUCCCCUACAAUGUCCUCACGUUUUGGAGUGUCCUGAUCCAACUUGAUAUUGUUGGUAUCAGCCCCUCAUUCUACUUGGCUCAAACAUACUUUUUCCCUCUGGCCAACUGCUUGGCUUUCGCCAGCAGCUGCUUUAACCCCGUCAUCUACUGCCUGGUGAGAAAAGAAUACCGUGUUGCCCUCCAUAACAUGAUCUGCAAAUUGAGCCUGGCUUUUAUGUCCAAGAUGCCCUAUGGCAUUAAUUCUGAGGAGGCGUCGGGACAAACUGGGCAGCUGGCCAUUCCACUCAAUAACAUGUACAGCGAGACAAUCCAAACUGACACACGGAGCUAUGCACCUCUGUCAACUCUUCCAGCAGUGGUGUUCACCCUGAAAAGCCACAACCAACACUAACUCUAACUCUUAACGUUUUACACCCAUACUUUAGUUUUAGGUAACAAGGAUGGUAUACCUGUCUUUUCCUCUAAGGAUGUACAUACAGUAUGUAUAUUUCAGAUCAGUUGUUAACAAGCUGCACCACACACCUAAGCUUUUGUGGGUCUUGUAUCGUACAGUUUGAGCUUUGUGAAUGGGCUGCACUACAUGGGUCUUAUUCAGUGGAGGCACGAUAAAAGCUUUUUAGGUAAAUUCAUUCACUAAUUCACUACAAAUUUAACAACAAAUUUCUUUGUGCAAGAUUAGCCUUCUGUUACUUUUCAUCUCCAUCGUCUUAUUAUUGUUGUAUUAUUAACAUGAAAUACUAUUCGAAAGCUUAUU